AUGGAAACCUCCUCACCUUCCAAUCUCAAAUCAAUUAAUGCAUCAGCCUCAAAUGAAAAAAUGGCUUCUAAUAAUUCUUCGUCCACUCUAAUCUCAUCUGAUAAAUUAAGUAAAAACACUAAAACUUUACGCCGAAAUCGGCCCGGGACAAAAUUCGAGAAUGCUUACCAAUAUCCCCAUAUAUCCCUAGAAGAAUUAGACUCUGCUUUCGCAUUACAAGAAUACUUACAGUCGCUGAUUCGAACAGAUAAAGAGAAUAUUGAUGCGCUUGUACAGCUUCCUUCCGGGCAAGAUAGAGAAUCCUGGCAGUACGAGCAUUUGAGACAAUUAUGUCUAGAAUUAACUUUUCUUGUAGUUCAGUUGUCGACUGAAUGUACACGUGAGACAUGCCCAGAGAUGAAGGCUGAUGAGUGGAUGUAUUUAUGCGCGAUGCAUCAAGCACCGAUAGGAUGCUGUGCUAUUGAUUACAUAGUCCAUACAUUGGAUGCUGCAACAACUUUACUUAAUAGUCAUAGAUAUUUUCCUAGCAGAAUAUCCAUUCCUCCAUCAUCAUUGAAACACUACCAACAAAUCGCCAGACGACUCUACCGAAUAUUCGCGCACACGUAUUUUCAUCACCGAGAAAUAUUCGAGUCGUUUGAGGCAAGUGUGAAAGAAAUACCUUUGUGUGUACCGUUGUGA